AUGUCCAACCCACACCUGCCUCAGCUCAGUAUAAGUCUGAAGGCAAAGGACAAUGACGAUCGCGACUCGGACAUCGAGCUCGCCAUGACGAAUAAUCCUCCUCCAACCCAAUCCCUCCCGUCGCUAUGGGGCAUACCCCUCAAGUACCUCUCAUUGGUAACUCUGGCGGUUCAAAAUUCAGCACUCACUAUCAUCAUGCACUAUUCUCGCGUCUCUACUCCACCUUCACGUACCUAUUCCGCAGCAACGGCUGUUUUAAUGAACGAAAUUUUGAAAGGGACAAUCUCCCUUCUUAUUGCAUUUGCUCGUAUCGAAUCCCCUUCUGCGUAUGAAGUGGGGCAAGUCUCUCACAUAUCUCAGCGGUCGCUCGUCAAUCGCCUAUCUGUCCGCCUCCGGAAGUUGUCGAAGGAAAUAUUCAGUCAAGAUUGCUGGAAGCUGUCAAUUCCCGCUAUUCUCUACGUCAUCCAAAAUAAUCUGCAAUACGUGGCUGCAUCCAAUCUAGAGGCUGCCACAUUUCAAGUGACCUAUCAAAUGAAGAUAUUAACGACAGCAGCAUUUUCCGUCUUGCUUUUACGCAAGAAACUAUCGACAGCCCAAUGGAUAUCAUUGUUGUUCCUUGCUAUCGGUGUUGGAAUCGUUCAAAUCCAAUCCGGCGUGGAUAAAUCGGCUUCGGUGGCUCCAUCAACAAACGUUGUUGCGCACUCAAUGAAUCCUAUGAAGGGCUUCUUAGCCGUCUUUGCUGCCUGCUUUACGUCUGGCCUUGCUGGCGUAUACUUUGAGAUGGUUCUUAAGAACUCUCAGGCCGAUCUCUGGGUUCGCAAUGUGCAACUUUCCCUAUUUUCACUUCUGCCCGCACUCGCACCUAUUAUUUUCGACCAACAAAGCAAUGGUGCCCAAAUCGGAAAAAGCCUUACUUCUUCAUUAUUUGAGAAUUUCGGAGCAUGGGCAUGGGCAACCGUCUGGGUUCAAGUUUUGGGUGGGCUGGUAACAGCCAUGGUCAUCAAAUACUCCGACAACAUUCUCAAAGGCUUUGCCACCAGUCUCAGCAUUGUCAUCUCUUUCCUGGCUUCAGUGGCUCUGUUCAAUUUCCAAAUGACCAUCACCUUCGUGCUUGGAUCUGUUAUCGUCCUCAUUGCCACAUGGCUUUACAACCAACAUCCAGCUCGUAUUAAUCUCGCCAUCAAUAAGGAUUCGUGGAUGUGGCUCAAAAACGAAAAGAAAGACGAACACCCUCUCACGUCCACGCAACCACACUAUGUCAACCUUUCUGCCAUCUCUUCAACAACAUCCUUGUCCUCCAUGUCUUCAUCAUUAGUUGCAACGCCAAACCCACCAGAGUCUGAAACAAGAUCGUUUAUUAUUCGAUAA